ACCCUAAUUUAUAUCUUAUAAAUACCCAAUCAUGUAACUAUAAUCUGUGAGCACCUAAUAAAAGAUAAACCCUAGUUGCAACCCGUGGAGUAGGUUACUGACCGAACCACGUUAAAUCUCGUGUUCUUAUUUUCCUGCUAUUUGUGUGUGUGUUUAUUCGCUUCCGCUUGACCGCCUCUGAUCUCUGAUUCCUAACAGGUCUUCGGUCCACCUAUUUUACAAUUUCAGGUUUCGGUCCGGUCCGGUCCAAACCCGAAUAUCAUUCGGUCCAGACCUAAAAGACCAAGACCAUUAAUUUCCCUAUUUUCCGUUCUUUACUUCCGUCUUCCAAGUUCCAAUCGGUACACCACUCCACCUAAUUCCUUAAUUCCUCUGCCUAUUCUAUCUUCCUUUUCCCCAAAAAAUUUCCACCUCUCCAUGAUUCCAACUCCAAAUCUUCAAUUGCAAUUGACCUGACCGUCCGUUCACAAGCCGCAAGACCGCAACCCCAGUUCCCAGAUCUCCGAGCUGCAAUCGCCGGCGACUCUAGGCCUCAAGGUGCUUCGCCAAUCGCCGGUCUAUCAAGUAUCAACAGCGAAGAUUUGAGAUUUUGGGUAAUGCUUCGGUUCCUCGAUCUCUGAAGUAAUUAAGAACAUAAUUUCAUACAUAUUUCAUUGCCGCGGUCAAAUCCGUUUCUUCCUGGAAAUCUUCUUCUCGAUGUAAAGGACGCGAUCCAAGAGGAAAGAAUCCGGAAAAUCUACGCUCACCUUCUCUUAUUCGCAGAAGGAAAGAGUUCAAUUUCUCUGGUCUUCUCCACCUAAAAGGAAACGUUUGAAUUUGGAAGAUCUGAGCUCUAUAUUCCGUCUUCUCUACUCCUAAUUCCUUUACUUUGAUUGAUUUUGGAGACCGGCAAAUCAGUUUGCCCAAUUCACACUAUUGCAGAUAUUCUUAGCCAUUUUCCCUAUACAAGUGCAUCUACUCAUCCAGUCAUGCAAGGUCAUCAAAAUGAGAGAUGGAUUUUGGCAAAAGAUGCAAGAGUACGACGAAAAGAUACACGUCAACAAAAAAUGGAACACAAAGGUGUUUUUAAACAUAAGUUAUUAUAUUAUGGGAUGUGGUCAUCAACACACAUAACAAUGUCACAAUCCACAUCAACGACGAAAAGAAACCCGUUACGAGAUUUGACGUUCAAUCUAAAGUUUUAUUUAGCUUUCAUCAAUUUGAAUAAUAUGGAUGUCAUCCCAAUUAUGUUUCAUAGUAUCGACUAUGCCAGUGGUUUGUACUCAAAAAGGCGAGAUCAUAUACCCCAUGAAUUUUCUGCACGAAGAUAAGCAUUGGUUGGUCUGGACAAUGCAAAGUUCAAGAAGGUGUGGACUAGGUAGCGCAAAUUAUACCGUACAUCCGGAUGUACGUGAAGAACCGUACAUCCGGAAACUAAUUAGGGCAAACGCCACUGCAAGAACGGCCGACCAUGAAGGAGAAGCAGGCUGCGCGAUCGAUCGGCGAUUACUAGGCUGCGCGAAGGUCCAAUCGGCGAUUCACGAUGAAGAUGGAGAUUGUUUGGAAGUCCGAUCGGCAAUUGAAGGAUGAAGGGUCGUUAGUUUUUUUAAAAAAUGCGAUUAUAAUUCUUAAAAAACUAGUGAUCUCCUU